AUGACGAUCCAGGAACAACACGGCGCGGGCGCAAAUACCCAAACGUUGCGAAUUCAGCAACAGCUGAGUCACUACCUCAACCAGUACAUCUCAGAAAAUCAGAAGUCACAAAAAUGCAAUCAAGAAGCGGCAGCCUCAUUGCCGGGAGGCACGACUAGGUCGGUUCUCUACUAUGAGCCCUUCCCGCUGGCCUUCUCUGGAGGUCACGGAUGUCAUGUGACAUCCGUGGACGGAGAAGAGUACCUCGACUUUCUUUCCGAGUAUUGUGCUGGCAUGUUUGGUCACUCGCACCCGAACAUUAUCGCAGCUGUCUCAAGCGUGUUGGAAUCGGGCUUUACUCUGGGCGGGCCCGGGCCCAAGGAGGGCGAGCUGGGAAACUUGCUGGUCGACAGAUUUCCGAGUAUUGAUGCCAUCAGGUUCUGCAACUCGGGAACCGAGGCGAACACUAUGGCAAUUGCAACCGCCUUGCAUUUCAACAAGAAAAAGAAGAUUUUGGUUUUUGAGAACGGUUACCACGGUGGCACUCUUUCUUUCACACCAGGAAACCCCCUUAUUCUUCCUCACGAGUACGUCUUUGGUCGGUAUAACGACAUUGAGUACACCCGACCAAAGAUCAACGACGAAAUUGGAAUCAUCAUUGUAGAGCCCUUGCAAGGAGCUGCAGGCAUGAUUGCCGGAACCAAGGAGUUUCUGCAGUUUCUCAGAGACGAAGCGACCCGGGUCGGCGCCAUCCUGAUCUUCGACGAGGUCAUUACGUCACGACUCAACUACGGAGGUCUGCAGGAAAUUCUCGGCAUCACCCCCGACAUGACGACCAUCGGAAAACACUUCGGAGGUGGAUUCUCUUUCGGGGCCUUUGGGGGGAAGAAAGAGAUCAUGGACUUGUACGAUCCCCAAGUCCCCGGUAGCCUUCACCACUCUGGAACGUGGAACAACAACAAGUUCUCCAUGACGGCUGGUGUUUCUGCGACAAAACUCUUGACGCGAGAGGCUCUGGAUAAGAACAACCGACUCGGUGACAAGCUGCGGGAUGGCCUGCGUGGUCUCUUUGCGGGGAAGGACGAGUUAAUCGUCACAUUCACAGGCUUCGGGAGCGUCAUUGGCGUGCACUUUAACGGGCCUUCGGCUGAUAAUCUGCGGGAUUUGUUCUUCUUCUACUUGCUUAGUCGGAGGAUUUAUGUCGGCCGUCGGGGUUUCCUUGCCUUGAAUAUCACCCACGAAGAAGAGCAUGUGAAUAGGGUACUGGAAGCUGUCAAGACCUUCUGUGAUGAAGUCUUGUAA